GGGCGCAGUUGUUCCGGAGCAGACUGCAGCAGAGACGUACAGCAGAGGUCUGGCACUUUUACACACUUUUUAUCUAUUUUUUACACCAAAAAACGAGUCUUCUCCGGGGCUAUCCGCUUCUGUCGUUCCGUACGAACCCGUAACAACGUGAACGUGUCUCCGGUGCGAUGGUUCUCCGUGAGGUUCCCGUGGAGCAGGUGGGGCGCCCUCUCGGCCGCUCAGAGGUGAUCGGACUGCUGUUUCGGCUCACGGUGUUCGGGGCAGUCACGUACUUCACCAUAAAAUGGAUGGUGGAUGCACUAGACCCGACCCGUAAGCAGAAGGUGGAGGCGCAAAAGCAGGCGGAGAAGCUGAUGAAGCAGAUCGGAGUGAAGAACGUGAAGCUGAGCGAGUACGAGAUGAGCAUCGCCGCGCACCUCGUCGACCCUCUCACUAUGCAGAUCACGUGGAGGGACAUCGCAGGUCUGGAUGAGGUGAUCACAGAGUUAAAGGAGACAGUGAUUUUACCUGUUCAAAAGAGACACCUGUUCCACGGAUCCAGACUCCUGCAGCCACCCAAAGGCGUGCUGUUGUACGGACCUCCGGGCUGUGGGAAAACGCUCAUUGCCAAAGCCACGGCGAAGGAGGCGGGUUUUCGCUUCAUCAACCUGCAGCCGAGCACUUUGACGGACAAGUGGUACGGCGAAUCACAGAAGCUCGCUGCCGCUGUCUUCUCCCUCGCCCUGAAGCUCCAGCCAAGUAUCAUCUUCAUCGACGAAAUCGAUUCGUUUCUUAGGAAUCGUUCGAGCUCAGACCAUGAGGCCACAGCCAUGAUGAAGGCCCAGUUUAUGAGUCUGUGGGACGGACUCGACACAGACUACCAUUGUCAGGUGAUUGUGAUGGGAGCCACGAAUCGUCCUCAGGAUCUGGACUCCGCCAUUCUCCGCCGCAUGCCCACCAGGUUCCACAUCAACCAGCCUAGUCAGAAGCAGAGGGAGCAGAUUCUGAAGUUGAUCCUGGACAACGAGAGGGUGGACUCCAACGUGGAUCUGGCAGCGGUUUCCAAGGAAACGGAGGGAUUUUCAGGAAGUGACCUCAGAGAGACGUGUCGAGAUGCCGCGCUGCUGUGUGUACGAGACUAUGUCCACAUGGAGGACACAGACAGUGAGGAGAGCAUCCGUGCCAUUACACAGAACGACCUGCAGAGGGCCAUCUCCAAAAUGAAGAAGUCCAAAUCAGCCGGAGGUCAGGUUCUGCUUCACGCGGCGCUGGACUGACCUCUGACCCCUCCUGACCUCUCCUGACCCUUCUCACCCCGCUGUGUCGUUUUAAGAGGAUUUUAUUUUGAAAAGACUUUGUGCUUAACGUUUGGGGAAAGAGCUGAAGGAGUGCGGACUGUUUGUGGGGAAUGUAGGAAUAAUUUAUGAUCCAAAUAUAAAAGAUUUGUCCUGAGAGCAGAGAGACAGGGAUGCACCGAUACAGCUUUUACAGCUCCGAUACUGAUCGAUACUGUAGCUUUGAGCAUCUGCCGGUGCCCGAUAUCAACCGAUACCAGCGCAGAGACAGAAAACAGCAUUUAUUUCCUUAAAACAGGCAUGUCCAAACUGCGGCCCGGGGGCCAAACGCGGCCCUCAGACCAAUUUUUCUUGACCCUCAAGCUUCCAGGUGAAUUAGCCUGUAUUUCUUUAAACAGUACUUUUUACUGCAUAUUUCUGAAAAUCUGCUUUAACAAGCCCUUAUCAAAUAUUUAAUGUGUCCCAUUGAGGAUGUAAACAUGAAUAAAGGUCUAGUGGUUCAAUAUAACUUGUAAUAAUAACACACAUUUGAAGUAUUCACUGUAUUGGCGACCAGUCUAUGGCCCUCAGUCGGCCCUCGGCUUUGUCUGUGAUUUUAUAUGCGGCCCUUCAUGAAAAAAGUUUGGACACCCCUGCCUUAAAACAACAACGAAAUAAGACAAAACUGGUCCAAAUAUGUGAUGCAGCUGCUAUUUAUCUCAUGUAACUACUGAACAACUUUGCGUUAAAGUUGAAACAUUCUGCAAUUUCUUGACCAACUAAUAAUAAAAGUUCGUCCAACCAAGAGAUCGUCUGAAUCGAUAUCUGGAAUCUGCAUCCUACUGAGAGAGAAUGAGCUGACUGGACAUGGAGCUCAAAGUAAAAAGUGACCCUUCCUUUGCAUUCUCUGUUGUAAAUCCUCUUAUUACUCCCACUCGCCCUGGACAGACUGGCACAGAUGUGGCUGCCACUCUGCUCCUUUCUGCCUCUGUCUCACGGGAGGAAGUGUCUUGCUCCCACGACGGCAUUGCUCGGUGCUGGGACUCAAAACAAUCGUCCGGGUUGUUUCUCUGCUCCCUGAAAAGUAAAGUGUCUUCCUCUGACGUGGCUCACAGCACUGACAUGAAAUACAGUCAUCUUAUUUUUUUAUUUAGCAUUUUGUUGGAUUGCGUUUGUUCAGAGUGAGGUGUAAAUACUGUGUCCUUCUGCUGUAAAUAAACUCUUUUU